AUGAGUUUCAUAGGAUACAAAAAAUUUGUAGAAGAAGGCGAUUUGGUAGUCGCUUACCUAUCUCGUGAAAAUAUGACUACCUUAAUUAUGGAUUCCAAAGCCACAUAUAACAAUAAAUUCGGAACUUUUAAACAUAAAGAAAUGAUCGGGAAACAAUAUGGAACAAAGAUGCCUUCUCACAAUGGCAAAGGUUUCAUGUAUCUCCUUCAUCCUACCCCCGAGCUAUGGACACAAGUUCUUCCGCAUAGAACGCAGAUUUUAUAUUUAGCAGACAUUUCAUUUAUAACAGCAUACCUUGAUCUCAAACCUGGCUCGAUAGUAUUGGAAUCUGGCACUGGAAGUGGAUCAAUUUCACAUUCUUUUGCACGAACCAUCGCACCACAUGGGCAUCUAUAUACUUUUGAAUAUCAUGAGGAGCGUGCCAAAAUUGCCAGACAGGAAUUUAAGGAUCACGGUUUAUCUGACUUAAUAACAAUAGAAUGCAGAGAUGUUUGUAAAAAUGGAUUUGGAAUUACAAAUAAAGUGCAUGCUGUUUUUCUUGAUUUGCCUGCUCCGUGGGAAGCAAUUCCCGCAGCCAAAGAGGCUUUCAAGAGGACUCGAAUGGGAAAAAUUUGCUGUUUCAGUCCAUGUAUCGAGCAAGUACAAAAAACGUGCACAUCAUUAAACGAAAAUGGCUUUGUCGAAAUCAAAAUGUUUGAAUGCUUACUUCGGUAUCAUGAGGUCAAGACAAUACCAAUAUACACAGUUACUGAUGCAGUCGCAAGUAUUAAGACGCAACAAGCAAAAAAAAGGAAACAUAAGGAACAAGAGGAUGACAAUGAAAUUUCGGAUGAGUUAAUAAUAGCUUCUUCUUCUAAUGAUAGUAGUGGUGUUAGUAGUAAUUCCAAAGUAAAACAAGCUCCCCCUCCAAAUUUAUAUGUUUCCAAGACGCCUACCGAGACUAAAGGUCAUACAAGUUAUAUGACAUUUGCUACUUAUCUGCCAGUUUUGUAUGAUGAACAAUAG